GUCAACCCCCGAACAGCACCAGAUCGCCGGAUCCAACUCCGUCCCCUCGCGUAAAACCCGACAGUUACUAGCGUCUGGCGCCAUCAUUCAUCACCUCACACUUCAUACGCUCUUUCUUUCCCCAUCUCUCCCCGGAAUUAACCCCUUACUCGAUUUGCACACGAUCAGUAAAUCCCAAGCUUAUCCCGCAAUUGAAUUGGGCUGUGAAGAGCUUAUCGCCGAUCGGACCGUCGAAUAUCAGGUGUUUUCCCUACGGCCGUAGUCUGCCACAAUGCCGUCACUCUACGGAGGUCCAAUGACCACCUUCGAGGAUUCUGAAAAGGAGAGCGAGUAUGGUUAUGUCCGCAAGGUGUCAGGUCCCGUUGUUGUUGCUGAUGGAAUGGCGGGUGCUGCCAUGUAUGAACUUGUCCGGGUUGGACAUGACAAUCUCAUUGGGGAAAUCAUUCGAUUGGAAGGAGAUUCAGCAACAAUUCAGGUCUAUGAAGAAACAGCCGGGCUUAUGGUUAACGAUCCCGUUCUACGUACACACAAGCCUUUGUCAGUGGAGCUGGGCCCUGGUAUAUUGGGGAACAUCUUUGAUGGUAUUCAGAGGCCUUUGAAGACAAUUGCAAUAAGGUCUGGCGAUGUUUAUAUUCCACGUGGUGUAUCUGUUCCGGCACUUGACAAGGACAUACUUUGGGAAUUUCAGCCAAAUAAAUUAGGCGAGGGAGACGUCCUAACAGGCGGAGAUCUAUAUGCGACUGUUAUAGAAAACAGUUUAAUGGAACACCGUGUGGCACUUCCUCCAGAUGCCAUGGGAAAGAUAGCUUACAUUGCACCACCAGGGCAAUACUCAUUGAAGGAUACUGUUCUUGAACUUGACUUUCAAGGUGUCAAAAAGACUUAUACUAUGCUUCAGACUUGGCCUGUACGUACACCCAGGCCUGUUGCAACAAAGCUUGCUGCUGAUACUCCUCUUCUAACCGGACAGCGUGUUCUUGAUGCCCUAUUUCCUUCAGUGCUUGGGGGUACUUGUGCAAUUCCUGGUGCAUUUGGGUGUGGAAAAACAGUUAUUAGUCAGGCUCUCUCCAAGUACUCUAACUCAGACACAGUUGUUUAUGUUGGUUGUGGGGAAAGAGGAAAUGAAAUGGCAGAGGUGCUCAUGGAUUUCCCUCAAUUGACAAUGACCUUGCCGGAUGGCAGAGAGGAGUCUGUCAUGAAACGUACAACACUUGUUGCUAAUACUUCUAAUAUGCCUGUGGCUGCCCGUGAAGCUUCAAUUUAUACAGGAAUCACUAUAGCUGAAUAUUUCAGAGAUAUGGGGUACAAUGUCAGUAUGAUGGCAGAUUCUACCUCUCGUUGGGCAGAAGCUCUGCGUGAAAUUUCUGGUCGACUGGCAGAGAUGCCUGCAGAUAGUGGUUAUCCUGCUUACCUGGCAGCACGUCUGGCAUCUUUCUAUGAGCGUGCUGGCAAAGUAAAAUGUCUUGGUGGACCUGAAAGAACUGGGAGUGUCACUAUCGUAGGUGCUGUUUCACCCCCCGGGGGUGACUUUUCUGAUCCUGUUACAUCUGCAACCCUUGGUAUUGUUCAGGUUUUCUGGGGUCUGGACAAGAAAUUGGCACAAAGGAAGCAUUUUCCUUCAGUAAACUGGCUGAUUUCUUAUUCCAAAUACUCAGGGGCACUGGAGUCCUUUUAUGAGAAGUUUGAUUCUGAUUUUAUCGACAUAAGAACAAAAGCUCGGGAAGUACUGCAGAGGGAGGAUGAUCUGAAUGAAAUUGUGCAGCUUGUUGGAAAGGAUGCUUUAGCGGAGACAGAUAAAAUUACUUUGGAAACCGCUAAACUCUUGAGGGAAGACUACCUUGCACAAAAUGCUUUUACACCAUAUGACAAGUUCUGUCCUUUCUACAAGUCUGUUUGGAUGUUGAGGAACAUUAUCCAUUUUUACAACUUGGCCAAUCAGGCUGUAGAGCGAGGAGCUGGUAUGGAUGGCCAGAAGAUUUCAUAUAGUUUGAUCAAACAUCGCCUUGGAGAUCUGUUUUACCGUUUAGUGUCUCAGAAAUUUGAGGAUCCUGCUGAAGGAGAAGAUGUGUUGGUAGGCAAGUUCAAAAAGCUUCACGAGGAUUUGACCACAGGUUUCCGUAACCUUGAAGAUGAAACUAGAUGAUUUAUUUAGCAAACAUCCUUCCGUAUAUGUGUGGAGGAGACGAUGUCGGCUCUUCACUUUGCACGGCUUUGUAUUGUAUUUGCGAAGCUGUGUUCGGCAUCUCAAUCUCGAUUGAUCCAGGGGUGGAGCAGUGAGAAAUAAAAGCAACAAGAUAGUGCUUGUGUGUAUCGUUUCUAUAAUUGUGCCUAGCCUUUUUCCUUACGUAGCUUCAUUACAUUUUUUGUGCAUUUAUUGCCGUUCCAUUUUCUUUCGAAACACAAAUAAAGCUGCAAGUCUGCAACCCAGCUCUCCUCAUCCAUAGUAUUUCAAAUAUGUUGUGUAUGAUUUGAUUGGGAGAACAGCUUAUGUGCUCCCUGUUAUUUCAAAGAUGAUUAUUUGCAGUCUGUUAUAUUAGCUGUUCUUUUGUAUUUACUGAUAAGCUCGCC